AUGUCGUUAAGGACAGCUAUUUCUGGCUUGAUAAGGACGCAGGAAGCUGAUUACUUGCUGAAACCACUACCUCCAAAUAUUGCACUUAAACACAACUUCUCUGCUCCUCACGGUCACCGCCCUCAUGUACUGUAUAAGAGAUCUACUGAGCCUCAGCUGGCAUUUGAUAAUGAGGUAACUGUGAAUGAUGAGAGGCAAAGGGAAGUGGAUGCUCACAAUCAUGUUUUUCAAGAGACCCACCAUCAUCGCAAUUCUGAGCGGCGGCAAAAACUGCACUUUUGUGGGAGGCGCAAGAAAUAUAUGCCCCAGCCUCCAGAUGGAGACACUUACAUCCUGCCAGAUGAAUAUAGAUAUCUACUGCGAAGCAAACGAUCUCUUAUGAAGGCUCACAAGAGCAAAGAGCUGAAUGUUGAGACCUUGGUGGUGGUUGACAAAAAGAUGAUGCAAAACCAUGGCCAUGACAAUAUUACUACGUACGUCCUGACUAUACUCAAUAUGGUUUCUGCUUUGUUCAGAGAUGGAACCAUUGGAGGAAAUAUCAAUAUCGCAGUUGUUGGCUUGAUACUUUUGGAAGAAGAACAGCCAGGGCUCAUGAUCAAUCACCACGCUGACCAUACCCUGAGUAGUUUUUGUCAGUGGCAGUCCGGGCUGAUGGGAAAGGAUGGGAGCCGCCAUGACCAUGCAAUUUUGCUUACCGGCCUAGAUAUAUGUUCCUGGAAGAACGAGCCAUGUGAUACGUUAGGAUUUGCUCCAAUAAAUGGAAUGUGCAGUAAAUAUCGCAGCUGCACAGUUAAUGAAGAUACUGGACUCGGUCUGGCAUUUACUAUUGCUCACGAGUCUGGACACAACUUUGGCAUGAUCCAUGACGGAGAGGGAAAUAUUUGCAAAAAGUCUGAAGGUAACAUCAUGUCACCCACGCUGGCAGGACACAAUGGGGUCUUCUCCUGGUCAGCUUGUAGCCGUCAGUAUCUCUACAAAUUUCUAAGCUCUGCUCAGUCCUUGUGUCUUGCUGAUCAGCCUAAGCCCGUGCAUGAGUACAAAUAUCCCGAGAAGCUACCAGGGGAGCUGUAUGAUGCUGCCACGCAGUGCAAGUGGCAGUUCGGUGAGAAAGCCAAGCUGUGCAUGAUGGACUUCAAAAAAGAUAUUUGCAAAGCAUUGUGGUGCCAUCGGAUCGGCAGAAAAUGUGAAACCAAAUUCAUGCCCGCUGCAGAAGGUACAACAUGUGGAUAUGACAUGUGGUGCCGUGGAGGGCAGUGUGUCAAGUAUGGCGAUGAAGGGCCCAAGCCAACCCACGGACAGUGGUCAGAGUGGUCCCGAUGGUCAUCGUGUUCCAGAACCUGCGGAGGAGGCAUAUCUCACCGAGAGCGAAAUUGUACGAAUCCAAGACCGUCGCAUGGAGGAAAGUUCUGCGAGGGUUCCUCUCGAAUGUUGAAACUCUGCAACAGUCAGAAGUGCCCAAAGAACAGCAUUGGCUUCAGAGCAGCCCAGUGUGCAGAAUUCAACAGCAAGCGGUUCAGAGGAUGGAACUACAAGUGGAAGCCUUACACUCAAGUAGCAGAUCAAGACUUGUGCAAGCUGUACUGCAUUGCAGAAGGCUUUGAUUUCUUCUUUUCUCUGUCGAACAAAGUAAAAGACGGGACGCCCUGCUUGGAAGAUAGCCCUAAUGUCUGUGUAGAUGGGAUUUGUGAGGUGGUUGGCUGUGAUCACGUCCUAGGCUCCAGUUCUGUGGAAGAUGCUUGUGGAGUGUGCAAAGGAGACAAUUCAAGCUGUAGAAUAUAUAAGGGGCAGUACACAAAAUACCACCCUACAAACCAGUACUACAACUUAGUUACUAUCCCUGCUGGAGCACGAAGCAUCCGUGUGUAUGAAAUGAACACCUCCAGCUCCUACAUUGCUGUUCGGAGUUCCAGUAAAAAAUACCACCUCAAUGGCUACUGGACCAUUGACUGGCCUGGGAGAUACACGUUUGCUGGAUCUGUUUUUGACUACCGAAGGCCACCUAACCAGCCAGAGACAUUAACUGCUCCUGGGCCGACAAAUGAAAGUGUGGUAAUAGAGCUUCUCUCUCAAGGCAAAAACCUAGGAAUUGGCUGGGAAUAUUCCCUUCCCAAGGCAGAAAGUGAAAAAAUGACACCACUGAAGCCUAACUAUACAUGGGCCGUCACCCAUUCCGAAUGCUCCGUCUUGUGUGGAGGAGGUCAAAUGGUCACAAAAGCAAGUUGCUACAAAGACGGGCAGGUACAGGUGGAUCCUUCUUUCUGCAACCCCAAGACUCAACCAGCUCCUGGAAUUGUUCCUUGCAAAAUGGCAGCUUGCCCUCCCAGCUGGUCUGUCGGCAACUGGAGCGAGUGCAGCUUGACGUGUGGAGCAGGCGAGAGGUACCGCUACGUUCGUUGCAUGCAGAGAGUUCACUACAAGCCAGAAUGGGUGUCGGAUUCUCUUUGUCGAUUCCCGGCCCCAGCCAACAGGGAACUCUGCAACAAACAAAACUGCCCACCGACCUGGAGUGCUGGGUCCUGGUCUGAGUGCUCUCGAACAUGUGGGAAAGGCUGGAGGAAAAGAGUGGUUUUGUGCAGAAGCUCCAGUUCUACUCCCUGGGCUCAGGUUCUGUCCGAUGCUGCCUGUGCCUCGGAACUGAAACCGAAGAUGCAGGAAGCCUGCCUCCUGAAGCGAUGCCACAAACAUAAGAAGAUCCAGUGGUUUGUGUCCACAUGGACCGAGUGCUCUGUGACGUGUGGAAAGGGAGUGCAGAGGAGGACACUGAACUGUGCAGAAAAAUAUGUUUCUGGAAAAUACAGAGAACUUGCUCCUAAGAAGUGUUCCCACCUUCAGAAACCAAACAUAGACCUGGAAAAGGCCUGCAUCCUAAACCCAUGUCCCAGGCACUCUGCUUAUUCACCAGUAAGUCAAGGCAGCUGGUUUUCAUCUUCUUGGUCUCAGUGCACAACAACCUGUGGAGGAGGCAUGCAAGUCAGGUCUGUUCAGUGUCUGGCCAACGGGAGGUCAGCCACUGGAUGUCUGCUGCACCAGAAGCCGGUCGCCUCGCAGGCCUGUAACACCAACUUCUGCCCUCUUCCUGAAAAGAAAGAUACCUUCUGUAAGGAUUACUUUAACUGGUGCCACUUGGUUCCCCAGCACGGCGUUUGUAACCAUAGCUUCUACGGGAAGCAAUGCUGCAGGUCUUGUGUAAACUCAAAUUUGUAAGGGAGACUUGCUCCUCAGGCAAAAAGCGUAGCUUUUGAGUGCAAACCUUGCUGCGCCUUCAAACCCGGAACU